AUUGUUCUUUUCCAAAAUGGCUGAUCCUUCGACUUGGGGAGAAGAGGAAAGCAAUGAUCGACGUGGUGGUCGAGACAGCUAUGGCUAUGGCAGGCCACAGAGUGACAACUAUUAUGGUGGAGGUGGUGAUUGGAACCGCCAACAAGGGAAUCGUAGAGGACAUCGUGAUGAUAGAGGAUAUGGAGGGGGUGGUGGGGGAUAUGGAGGUGGAAGACCCUCCAAGAUCCCAGAUGAGCCUCCUUUCACUGCAUUUGUUGGCGGUUUACCUGAUGGUACCGUACAGGGUGAUAUUGACAGAAUAUUUGAAAACUUAAAUAUAAGAAAUGUGCGUAUUGUGCGUGACAGAGACACUGAUAAAUUUAAAGGAUUUUGUUAUGUGGAAUUUGAAGAUCAAAAGUCGUUGGUUGAAGCUCUUGAGUACAACAAUGCUGAAUAUGGAAGUAGGCAACUUCGGGUGGAUGUUGCUGAAGGAAGAAAUAAAGACCGGGGGGAAAGAGGUCGUGGAAGGGGAGGAUUCCGAGGUGGUCGUGGAGGUGAUCGUGGAGGAAGGUCACAGGGUGACAGAGGGCAAAAUAACUAUCGUGAUGGUGGAGGACGUGACCAAGGAGGGCGUGGUGGAUAUGAUCGUGGCCGAUAUGAUGGUGGUGGUGGCAGAGGUCGGUAUGGCCGUCCGAGGGAUAAUCGUGGACCACCAAUGCCUUACGAGAAUGUCCCAGAGCCAACCGAAGAGAGUGCAAGUGAGAGGCCAAGAUUAAAGUUACUGCCACGUUCUGUGAAAGACCCUGUGAACGAGAUUGCUGACUCGAUGCAACAAGCAAAGAUAUUUGGUGGGGCUAAACCUCGAGAUGAGAAACAGUAUGAGCAAAAACAAGCUGAAAUUGAGAGGAAACGAAAGGAGAGUGAAAGCAGUGACAAGGGUGUUUAAAUGCGAUGAACGUUUAUUAUUGCGAGAGGAAACACAACAGCACAACUACGGAAAAUGCAGACGAAAAUCUUGGUCGUAUUUAAUUGAGAAAAAUUCUGGACACUCGUGAAACUUUACAUAUCAAAAACAUUUCAAUUUUUUUGUUAUAUAGUUGGAGAGAUUAAGCACCUUCAAGAUGUUUCUUAAAGCUAGCUCAACUGAAUUUUGUCCAAUACAUCGAUACCUUGCAACCAAAUGACUACAAAAUAAAUGUUUUCAUUCAGAUUCCAGUAAAUUAUGCAAGCAAUUUGAGUCAACCAUUUUGGAGUUGAAUCAGCAAUCUACUGCAUUUACAAUACGUACAUAACCAGAACACAGGUUUCAUUGUUUUUGUUUUGUUCAACGAAGUAAAAUUGCAUCGCAAACGUUUGACGUUAAUAGAUAACGUCAGUUGGGCUAGCUUGCAUUGACUGGAGAAAUUCAAUAGCACGAAGUAAAAGCUUUGAAAGUAGGCACAGUUUCGUUGUAUCCAGUCGAAAUCCAUCGAAAUUCAGCUGGCAUGCAGCAUUGCCAUGUAUCGAUGGCCACAUUGUUCCUGUUUAGCUAAAAACAAUUCUCGUUCCUCACCCAGUCUCGAUAAACAGUGGCGUUAUUCUUUGGAAAAUCCAAUAUAUAUAAAUAUAUAAAAAUAAAGUUGUUCCUCGAAA